AUGGCCUCAGCAUCGGCAUCGGCCUCACCCGGCCCAGCGCCCUGGCGCGCCUCCUUCCUCAAGAACGUCAACGACAUGGCGUCCCCCGAAUUCAACCUCGCGACGCUGCACGCCACCACGGCCGCCGGCGCUGUCUCGGCCGUCCCGCGCCUGCGCACCGUCAUCUUCCGCGGCCUCUGGGCCUCGCUCCCCGUCAACCCAAAGAACACGGCCGACCUCAACCCGCCCGUCUACGAGUCCGACCUGCUCACCCUCACCACGGACGCCCGCAUGGCUAAGGUCCCCGACUUCUUCGGGUCCGCCACGCCGACCAUGGGCGCCCAGGGCUCCGGCGGCGGCGGUCCCGUGGAGGCCUGCUUCUGGACCGAGGCCAAGGUGCAGUGGCGCGUGCGCGGCGACGCCUACGUCCUGGGCCCGGACAUCGAGCAUGACUCCCCCGGCGCCGCCGCCCUGCGCGAGACGCUCCUCGGGCGCAUGCGCCGCGUCUCGGACGCCGACGCGCAGAGGCGGAGGAAAGAGGAACUACCCGAGGGCAAGACGGCCGCCGCGGACGAAGACUGGAGCUUCGCCCGCGAGGUCACGGCGCACUUUGGGAACCUCAGCCCGGCGAUGCGCGGCACGUUCCGGAACCCGGAGCCCGGGGCGUCGCGCAGGGCCAACCCGCCCGACGACCAGCACAAGCUGGGGCAAAAGGUCGAGGACCUCCACGACGAGGUGGCGCGGGCCAAUUUUCGCGUCGUGGUGAUCGUGCCGACCGAAGUGGACGAGACGGACCUGAGCGAUGCGGAGGACCCGCGGCGGUGGCUGUACCGGUUCGUCGGCGCGUCGGCCGAUAGUCAGCCGACGGAUGGCGCGGAAAGAUCCAACGGCUGGGAGAAGAUCGAGUUGUGGCCGUAG